UGUUUGGUCGCUCACUGACCCCCUCUGGCGAUUUGGAACAGAGGUGAAGCUUCACCAGCCCAUGUCCAAAACCGCGGCACCCCCCCAGAGAACGGCAGGCCAGUUCCCAGGUCCACCACCCAUGCCAAGCUCCAAGUCCCGAUUUUCCCAUUUUUACUCCUGCACGCCACGCCCACUGCCCCCCGUCUUUCUCUCCACUCGUCACUCACUCUUUUCUGUUCGCCCUCCCAGCCCAAUGCACGCUACCCGACCAGUCACCUUGGCUUGUCGAUAGCGCCGCAAAACCCAUCGUCCACCAUCGGAUCACUACAAUCGUUUUUUUUCUUCUGCUCUAC